GCAUGUAUCACAGCAGUCACAACGUUCCAUCUUCAAUAGUAGAUGCUUACGUUAUAUGUUGAGCUUGCCAACGUUGCCAUUCUAUCUGGGUAGGUUACAUGCAGGAUCGCCUCUCAAGCUAGAGACACCUCACUGAUAAGAGGAAGCAUUAUGUUGUUCGCUGUCAUUGCGGGUCCUUGAAAGGCACGGUGAUCAAUGGAAAAAAGGGGCCGUUAACCUGGAACAUGGAAAUGCUCAAUUUUGUUUCAAACCUAGCUUACUUCGUCAACGAACUUGAUAAAGCUGUGAUGUGAUUUCUCAGGGCUCCCAAGAGCUUGUGUUUUAAUUAUGAUGUAUCAUUACGCGGACUUGAGGGAGUUAUGAUAUAGGUUUUUAAUCUCAAUUACGGAAAAUCAAUUGACCUACGCGAAAGAUGGAGUAAAUACUGAUGCUUCCUGAAGACUUCAUUUGUUUCUUCUGCCCAUCCAGUCACUCGUUUCUAUUUGCCAUCCUGUAAGGAUAAAAGACAUGCUUACCGAUGUAAGAAAAACCGUUGAGAUUAUCUGCGAUUUAGAUUGAUAAAUCAGGAGCACCCCAAAGCAAAGAUGGAGAAUAUUUCAAGAGUAUGUGUUGGACAAUGCUGUGUAAUAAUAGUCGCGAUACUGUUCAUCAAAACAACGCCGACCUUUUCGCUUUGUCCUACGUCAUGUCGGUGUUUGUUGCAAGACAGAGUGGACUGCAGCGGAUCGGCGCUGUGGGAUUUUCCCGCCGAUAUCCCACCAAAUACCGAAAUCUUAAGCAUAAGCACAAACUUAAUUCAUGUACUUAAUCAGGACCACUUUAGUGAUCUCACCUAUCUUAAGGAAUUACACGUUGACAAAAACGUACUGAGUGUCUUGAACGACAAUACGUUUUUACUUUUAACCAGGCUUUUAAUCCUGGAUCUCAGAUACAAUAGAAUAAAAGUCCUUGCGAGAGGGGCUUUCAACGGUCUCAUGAAAUUAACACACUUACAAUUGGAGGGUAAUUGGGUAACGACUGUUGAUCAGCUAACAUUUGUGUCGUUACCAGCUUUAAUACAGCUUGACCUAUAUGACAACCGAUUAAGAGGUCUCCCCUCAACAGUGUUUCACAACAAUAAGAACAUGCAGAUACUCAAUAUGGGAAUGUGUGACUUGAAACAGAUCCCUCCGAUCCUCCUGAAAGGUCUUCAUAGUCUUGCGUAUCUCAACAUGAGCGAUAAUCAUCACUUAACAGGUAUUGCCAAAGGAGUCUUCAGUGAUCUUACAAACAUUACCAAGAUCACACUAAAUGGCUGUGGUCUAACAAGCAUGCACGUGAGCACAUUUGCAGGAUUGCCAAAGCUACGGACAGUCUAUCUUGACGGCAAUGAGUUUUCAGAGACCAUCAGAUGGGAUGUGUUUGCCAACAUGCCGCAGUCGGUGAGGUACGUAUCACUGACGAGCAAUCGUUUUACGGCACUUCAUGAGUUUUCAUUGCAUUCUCUCAGCCGCAUCCAGCAGGUAAAUCUAAGUGACAAUGAAUGGCACUGUGACUGUAGCCUUCUUAAUGUAAGGAUGGCUUUUAUGGAGCGGCGUCCACAGUUCCUAACACAACCCGGUAUCACUUGUAGUACACCUGACCUUGUUGAGGGUCAGGACUUGUGGUCCGUACCAGUCAAAACAAUCAUGAAGAAUUGCGUCACGUCUCUCGUUUCAAUGGUCCACAAAUCUACGAUAGAUUUGGGAUCUGAGGUCCAAUUUGAUUGCCCUAUUUCGAGGGUUAACGAAAGUCAGCUUGCAUGGUACACACCAACACCUACUUACCUCUCUUCCUCUUCAGUUGAAUCAUCCAAUGGAGCCGUUCCAUCUGAUCGUAGAUACCGACUUUUACCAAAUGGAACACUUUUCCUCAAGGAAGUUAAACACAAAGAUGCUGGAUUGUACAUUUGCUCUGUGAGAUAUGUUGAUGGUUCAAGUUCAUGGAGCGUAGUCGAAUUAAACCUUGCAGACGGCGGUUUAGAUUCUCAUCAAAAUCAUGCAACAAUUUAUGUUGCUGUUGUCACAACGUUCGCGAUAAUGCUGGUUUGUGCAGCAAUUGCGGCCGUGAUCUACAGGCUCCGACGUAAGAAGGCCCAGUCGGCACCGCUUGUCAGCAUUCGCCCUAUGAUGAGUCAAGGAAUCAUGUCUCUUGCUUCUAGAAUGUCGCGUAAGUCGCUGCCUCCUGAAGAUACCUACGCAUACGCUUACGCAGAGGUACCCAUCUCCAACUCCAAGUCCCUUAACACUAAUGCGUACGCUGUUGGCGCACUGCUCAAAAGAGAAAACUUUGGUCCUAUGCACAGCGGUCCUGGAACCGGCAAUAACAACAUGAAUGGCGGACUAACUGGGACGUCCGCACAACGAAUCGUCGCGAGGUCGUGCCGAGAGAAAACGGAACCAAAGGUUCCUAUUAUUAGAACAUCGCGAAGUAUUGCGCGGUGUGAAACGUACGGAUACGUCUCACCAAACUUUCCGAGUGGGCAGAGGGUGGAUCAAGCUUCCCAAGAAAAUGGAAGAACAAAUAAUGGAAAGUCCACGAUGUUUUACGACGUCAAUAGACCAGAUAGUGCAGGUUACCUUGAAAUAAUUGGGUAGGACUCUAUAUUUGCUUUAUGGAAGUUUGGAGUUCUUGAUAUGUUGACUUGGUUAUUUCCUGCGUAAUGUGGAGGAUAAUUUCAUAUCAAAAUGUUAUCGUCACCAAAUACCUAAAUACCUCGACGAAAACUUGCUAAUAUUUUAACUUCUAGGAAGUGAUAAAUGGUGAGUAGGCUUCAGCUUGAAAUUAAGAUACCAAUGGUCACAUUCCAGGAUGAUGGACCUAAUUUUAUACUGCAUGUAAAACCUUCGUCUUCGAGCUUUUUAUAUGUUUUUCAUUCCUCCAGCUGCUAAGACGAGCGAAAAAUAUUAUUUAAAAAAAAAAUGACCAUUCUAUUAUAUUUAUAAUACAGAUUUUAUUUCUCAAGACGUUUCAGAUCGCUUUUCUACGGCCGCUAUAAACUGGUCCUGUUUCCAAGGAAAUCUCUUUGAACCACAAUAAUUAAACAUUAUUUUACCUUCCUUAAAGCCUAUAUGCACUAGUUUGGCCAGGAGGGAUUAGACUUUAUCAAAUCAGCUCUCAAUGAACAUAAGAAAAAGGGGAUCAUGGUAACGCUUAGGCAUUGUUGGCUAUAUAAAGGGCGCAAGCAGAUACAUGUAAUGUAGUCCCGCUUUAAGUUCCUUGUACCGUUCCUAGUUUUGAGACAAUGACAGGUUUGUGCAUAUCUCUGAUAUAACAGUAGCUAGCGUGCAUUAUUAUAUACCUUCGGCAUAAUCCUGUAAUCGUUAAAAUUCGGAGGCUGAUUUUUUUUUUAAACACAAUGUUGGUAUUUUUAUUGAUGGCUUGUUACCCAAAUGGAACAAGCCUUUGAGGUAAAAGUUAAAAAAAAACAUAUCGCCAUUUACGUGACCUAUUACUUUGUAACAAUCUUUUAAAUUUCUUCUACCAGUAUGGUAAAGACAUAAACGGGGAAUGUUUUAUAUUUCUACCAACGAUCAUCGAAGCAAGGAGUUAUUAAGUCACCUCCCUGAUCGAAGUAAGUACAUGCAUUAUGAAGUUUAAAAAAUAGACCUAUUGGCAACUAAUCUCAAAUCUCUGGAUUCUUAGCAAAUUAUGCCUUUCUCCGACUGCCUGACUGAUAAUACACCCCCCCCCCCCCCCGACACACACCUUUUGUGUUAUCAAUAAUAAUUUCAAAAUCAAUAUGGCCAUUGAAAAUCUUUUUUUUUUUAUUUUGGGAGAGUUCAAAUUAAAGUCAUGUCCAACACUAAAUGCAAUUUCCCUUAAGUUUAGUUGUUGAAAGCUGGUGUGUAUGAUGGACUUCACUUAUUUGAACGGGUGAGAUGUCCAAAUUUCCGUCAUUUGUCUAUCUCUUUAUAUCACCGACAAAAACAACUGAUAUAUUAGCUACGAUAAGUUGAGUUUUCAUGUAUUGUAUAAUUAUAACGUUAACCGGUGUGUAAAGGAAGUUAGUAAUAAUAUUAGUUAACGAUAUGUACAUACUAACAUGUAAAUUAGUGUGUAAAUAUAAGGACAUUUUACAAUGUAUGAUAUUGUAUAUACGUUUCUUUCUGGUUUCUUUUGUAUCUGAAUAAUAGGUUAUUUCUAUGGUAGAGAUUGUAUUGAUAAUUGAAGAGUUGUUUAUUAGUGUAUUUAUAUAAAUAUGUUAUAGCGCGUUGACUGCUAAUCUGUACUCUACAGCGCUAGCUUUCGAAGUUACAAAUGAAAUUAAAUGCCAAAAUUAACACACC